AUGGCCACCGUUCCGGUUCCAGUGGAGCGCAAGCGACUCGACCACAUCACCUCGCGCAAGGAUCUCAAGUUUGCAAAGCGCAUCGUUCUCAAGGCUGGGACUUCCACGAUUGUCACAGAAAGUGGCUUCCCCAGUGUGCGCCGCAUUUCGAAUAUUGCGGAGGAGAUUUUUGCUCUUCGCAGCGAAGGCAAAGAAGUCGUGUUUGUUUCAAGCGGUGCCUGUGGCAUUGGGCGAAAUGUGCUGCGCCGUCAAGAUGUGAUGGUCUGUUCCGCCUUUGACCGCCUGCACCGAAAUUGUCGGCCGUUUUCUUCCAUCGGCAACAACACCU